CAAAACAUUCCAGGGUCGAGCGUCGAGCGGCAGACGAUCGAAAUGUGAAGGGAAAAUAUCCACAGAAUCUCUUCGAAAAUGGGCAACUGUCUCUUGCUUCUUGGACUCAAGAAGCAGAAGAGGCCUGUCACACUGCUGUUGGUGGGUUUAGACAAUGCUGGCAAAACGACGGCAGCGAAGGGAAUCGUUGGAGAUCCUGUAGAAGAUACCACACCAACAGUAGGCUUUGCCCCAGAAUACCUAGAAUAUAGAGGCUGUGAAAUUACUAUAUAUGACUUAGGUGGAGGCAGUCGAAUCAGGCCAGUUUGGUCUAAGUAUUUCUCUGAGGUCCACGGUGUAAUAUUUGUUGUGGAUUCAAGUGAUCCUAAUAGAAUACAGGAAUGUAGAGAUGUUCUUUCAAAUCUUCUGUCAGACAGAAAAGUUGCAGGGAAACCAGUCCUUAUACUUGCCAACAAGCAAGAUGUAGAAGGUGCCAUGGAUGAGAUAGACCUUGUAGAAUCUCUCAAGAUAGAACAAGUUGUUAAUAAAUACAAAUGUCCAACGAGAGUGGAAACCUGCUCGGCCAUCACUACUCGGAAAGAGAAGCCCGACAAGCCUAUUGCCGAUGGAUUCAGAUGGUUGAUAGAUACCAUAGUUGUGCAUUACAAAGAAAUCAAUAAACGAGUCGAUGCUGAUAUGGAAACUGAACGAAAACUACUCGAGAAGGAAAUGGAGGAAAGAAGAGAAAGGAUACGAAAGCUAAGGGCAGAGAGAGAGAGACAAGAAGCCCUUCGGAAUCAGGCCUUGGCUGCAAGAAACCAAGCACCAGGUGUCCCGGAUAGUGACGACUCUGAUGUUGUUGUUAGUGAUGUGAAGCAGGGCCCAGGGAGCAGCGGCAUACCCAAUGGUGUAUUACCUCAGUCAAGAAGGAAGUCUGUUAAGCAAAGGAGAGAGGUAAGGAGAAACUCAACAGAUGACCAGGAGCUCAGGGAACUUGGUUUCAAGUCUCCUGCAGAUCUUCACGAUUCUACCUCUUCUUCUUCCUCUGCAGAGCAGGUUUCACCCGAGAGAGCACCAUCUUCUUCACCAAGUUCCAAAAGCCCGAGAAUAUCUUCAGAGGCAGCAACUUCACCUUCUGUAACGUCUCAGCAAAGCAAACCCCACCGUGUCAUUCUAGUCCAAGAAUCUCCGACCCACUUGGCUGCCUCCAACAAUAACCUCUCUGUUAGUUCACCCUCUAGCAAUGGAAAGGAGGCGAACUCUAGACACAAAAAGUCUCUCAGCUCACCUUCCAGUGCUGAGAAAGAUAGAGACAGUAGGAUUCUCGAUCCAAUUAGUGCUGCUUAUGCUAAUGUGUUUGGUACCUCAAAGCUGGACCUUUCAAUUGAGGAGAGAGAGAAUGAGUGUGUUCCUAUUGACUCAGAUGACGACCUCUUUGAUAUUCCAUCAUUGUCAAAGAGUGGUCGCCAAAGUAGCCUUCCUUCAGUUACCACAAGGACAAGUUCAACGCCUUCUAUUAUUAGCUAUAUUAAAGAUCACCUGGAGCUGGAAGCAACAGGUAAACCACCAAAGAAGAAAUCAUUUUUGAAAAGAUAUCAUAAAACAGCCCCGUUGGUUCAAAAUAAUUCAGCUGAACAUAAUUCUGUUAAUCACAAUUCAAGGGUUCCUCCACCGCUGGCAUGACACGGAAUGUAAGAGCUAAUGCUGAUGACAUUAGCUGUAGGAAUCAUAUUCUUUAAUGAUCUGUUUUACGGUCCAGGGUUCUCAAAAACGGAUGUGUCGGCUUUACAGAACAAGUAAAAGGAAAUAGACGUAAUGGGCAGAUUUUAUAUUAUGAUCAUGGGUUUAUAAAGGUAUUUCCAAACUAUAAUAGCUAUGAUGUGAUAUUUAAUAGGUUGGAAAGGAUGACAUCCAGUAUGGUUUAAAAAUUGAAAAUAUAUGAUUUUUUUUUUUUUUUUGUUGAAGGGAACAACAAACACAUUACUACGUGCAUUCCAGUAAAGAAUUACAGAUCUAUUAAUAUGUGGAAGUGUGAGGGAAGGCAUGAACAUCUAUGUUAGAUGUGAGUAAUAGCAGUGGAUACCAAUAACAUUGUACUGUAUAUAGUAUGUGAGCAACGGAUUUUGUUCAAAACAUUAUGAUCUCGUGUAUAAAGUGUUCCAUAAAUAAGUAAUGAGAUUUCUUAGUAGAAGUAAGUUGUUCUAGUCAUUAUAUAUCCAAAAGAAUAGAUACUUAAAAAUAUGUGACUUUCUGCUAGAAUGCUUGAAAAUAGAAAGCUUCUAGAAUUUUUGUUUUAUAAUGUCAUGAUACAAUGGUUUAUGCAUCAGAGCAGUAACUUAUGAUUUAAUUGAAUUGUAAUAGUAUUUGAUGUUAAGAGUUUCCUAUCAGAAGCCAUACAGUAGUGUCUGUGGAGUGUUAUAUGAGAAGUUAUUCAACUGACUUCAUAUCUCUUUGGUCUUUUUCUUUUCUGUGUGUAUACAAGUUUGAUGAUUUUUAUUCUUUGGAAAUAUUUAUUUUUAUACAGACUAACAUUAUUGUUGGAUUAAGUUGUUUUGUUUGUUUGUUUUCUGUUUUAAAAGGUUAUGAUUUAAAUUAUAGUCUUUGUUAAGUGUCUUACAUGAUAUAUGUUAGAACUGAAUCAUAAAGUACAGUUACCAUGCUACCAGAAAAUAGUUUUGAAUAACAUGAAUAAACUGUUCUCUUCUUACAAAAUUGAAUGAAAAUGUGUGACAUUUGUCUUUAAUGCACACUGCAAGAAAAAUGCAGCACUAUCUGAAUGGCCAGUAAGCUUUGCAUUCUCUUUUAUUUUGGCAGUACUACUGGAGUUUUAUUAUUAUUUUGUUACAAAUGCCAGUAUGUUCAUGAAUACAAAAUUAUUUGUAACUGCAAAUUGAUAUUCAUUUUAUAUUCAUAUGUGAGGAGAGCUCCUUCCAGUUAAUAGUGCUGGUAAUAUAUUAGAGAAAGAAAAAAAAUUGUCUGUUGAAUGUAAAGAAAGAUCUAGUCCCUGGAGAAAUAUAGGUAUGAUGCAAUGUAGGUCUCUUUUCUUUGUUUGUAGCAAAGCUACAUAUUUUUAAAGUGUGAUCUGUUAAUACUGUGCUAGUCGCUCUGUACAAAUACCAUGGCAUAAGGUUUUGUAGUUAUGUGAAGUAAUGUAGAUGCUAGAAUUCAAUAUCUGUAAGUUAUUUCAUUUCUUAGCAAGUACAAGGACAUAGAUGUAUAAACGUACUAAUUAUUGCCAAAGGUAAAAGAAAUAACUUAACAAUAUUGUCAUUGUUUUGCAUUUUAUACCAAAGUUGUUUUUUUUAUUUUCUAUUUAAGCUGAUAAAUGCACUGAAGUUUUAAUGUAAUUGUAGUUAUGUAAUUUUAUUGUAGGAAGUAGAAAUAAUAGAGGUAACCGUUGCACUUCUUUAUACUUGCUCAAAUGGCUUAAAUGGCAAGGAACAAAUAUAGUCUUGCCAUUUUUCUUUCAACAGUUCAAACCUGGUUUAUCAAGUGAUAGAUGAUCUGAUGAAGGUUUUCUGUAAAUAAAAAGUUUACCUUGAAAAUUGGUAGGUCGUAACUUCAAAAACUGUUAGCGCCCUAUCCCUGUCCAUCAUUUAAGUGGCAUUGUAUUUAGACAUUUUCCAAACAGAGUAAGAGGGAUUUGGGUUGUAUGUUAAAGUACAGUUCUUAUAACAAUGAUGAUAAGAGUAUUUCUUAUUGAUUUGCUCCACUGUUAGAAUUACAAGUGUUCGAAUUUUUUAUUUCACUGAAAGCAUCUUUGAAAUUAUGGUACAAGCUUAUGUUAUAUGAAGGUACCUCAUAUGUACUUUAUGAACUGUAGAGUAGUUCUUAUACCGGUAUUACAUGUAAGGACUUUUUCACUUGUACAUGAUAAGCAUAUUUUUUUUUCUGUUUUAGUUACUUCAUGAUUGAAGUAUGAAGGUUAGAGUAUAAAAUGUUUGAAUGGGUUACUUUUCAAGUCAUUCUGAAGUUUCUUGUGCUUUAAGUGUAUCUGUUAGACAUUUUCAGUUCGUGUUUCCCUUACUUCAGUACCAUUGGUUGCAGUUUUUAGUUGCCUUUUAAAAUCUUUAUGGUACAUGGGUGUGUGCAUGUGUAUUAAUGUUUAUAUGCAUAACAACUUAAUGAAUAUAUGUUCAGUGUAAGAAGAAUCACUCAUUUUGAAUUUAGAAAUUUACUGUUGGAGGUGUUUCGUUUAAACUUCAAGACAGUAUUCUUGAUCUUGGAGAAGUUUGACAUGUAUGGGAGGUAUAAGUAGUCCAAAUAUGUAUAGACUACUUUAUUUUUUAUCGAACUUUAGUUCUAAGAAACCAGAGGAGAAACAGAAUUAACCCACUCACAGCAGAUUUACAAAGGUUACAUAUGUUGAAAUGACAUCCCAUCAGGUCAUGCACAGUCUAGCCUACUCGAAGUUGUGUAGAUAUUUGCAUGUUUGGUCCUGGCUGUGGUCAUUGAGGAGAAACAGUCCCUCUAAAGUAGGUUUAAAGCUGCUUUUUAACCUUGUUACCUAAUCAUUGCAGCCAAGAGCAUAGAGAGCAGGAGGUAAAUAUCUGUUUCCCACACAUCUGAUUUUUCCAUCAGGUGGUUGACUGCAUGCACCAACUGGCACAUAACUAAGUAUGGUGCUGGGAAAUCCCAAUGUGAGUGGAUUAAACUUUGUUGCAUGGGAAUGUAGGCAUUUAAUUGACAUUUCCCUUGGGACCAAGCUUCUUACUGUCUUUGAUUGACAUCAGAAGUUGGAGGGAAAAUACUGGUGUUAGAAGUAAAGGAAGUUGGAAACACAUACCAGUUCAUUAUGUUGUCAGUAACCUCAUUCAUGUCAGCAUAGAAUAUUUUCUCAUUGGCUAAUGGUACAGAAGUGAGGGGCUUAAUGUGUACAUUUUUGUUUCAAUGUCUUUAGUUAGCUUGAUAUGCAGAGCCACUCGAGUUUCUGCCACAGAUCACUUUGGAGUGACAAAAUGUUCAGAAAUACUAAGUUUAAGAUAUUGAAAAACAAAUUACUGGAAGCUAGGUAACAUUAAGCUGUUCUAAUUCAAGACAUUUUAAGAUUUGCAUUUUUUUCAUAUAGUGAAAUAUAAACAAAAAAAAAUCCUUUAUUAUAUGAAUAUUUGGCAUGCAAAAGUCAAGCUUUAUCAGGAUUCAAGUUUAUCAGCUUAUUGGAUUUUUUUUUUCUUUUUUUUACAUGUUGAAUAGUAUUUAGCUAAAGGUGGCAUGUAAGACUCUGAGCUUUUCAGGGAACAUUUUGAAGUUGGGUUAUUGUUCCAUCACUUUUUCUAUUUGAGGACACUGCUUUUUUUUUUAAUUUUUUUAUUUUUAUUUUUUUUAAAAGCUGUGUAUACUGCUUCUUGUAGUAUGUGCUAUGAAUUUUUAAUAAGGGUAAAUUAAAAAAGAAAAGAAAAGGCAUCGUUGGUUGGAGAGCAUUGUGCCAAUAAAAGUUAUUUCUCUGUGCAAAUUAGGUUGAUUUAAGUAUGGGAUCUGAUUCUUUAAAAUUAAUUAUUGUUAACUUCAUAUUGUAACCUAGGAAAAUACUAUUCUUUCCAGGGAGAAAAGCAAAUGUUUACCAAAGUUAAGUCAAAUUGGGGGAAUUUCCAAGGAUACUAAAUUUUCUCAUUUUUCAUUGUUACUUGAGAGGGAAGUUGUCUGUCUGAUCAAUAAAGAGUCACAUGUUCAGAAAUUAUUUUAUACAGUCAAUUUAGAAAUAUGAAACCAUUUCAAAUGCAGGUGUAGUUGGUGUCCUUUCGUAAUAUAUUCAUCCUUUAUUUAUCUAUUUAUUUAGCUCUGUAAAAUUGCAACCUAUUCAUUGGAUAGAAUUAAGAUUGUGUCUACAUUUUCAUUUGAUAAAUGUGACCCAUAUUUUGUAUAUUUAUAUUAAUGAGCUUUGUAAAGUGCUCCCUUUCAUGAUAAAUAUUAACAUUCCGUCCUUUAUCAAAGUAAUGGUUAUGACUACAAAUGAUGUUUGUAUUUUCUGUGUUAAAGAAUGAAAAGAGUGUCUUUUCACAUGAGAUCCAAAAAUGUACCAGAUGGUGUGAAAUAUAUUUCAGUGUUUUGUGUAUUGUUCACAUGAUAUUGCCUGUAUUCUAUGUGAUGCCGUCCAACCAGAGGUCUUUACAACAGUAAAAUAUUUUUCACAAG